AUGGUCCUGGGAUUCUUGAUCCGGGGCUUGGAGGUUUGGCUCACUCUCCGACUCCUUCGAAGCCCUCUCUUCCAUCGUAUGGUAGGCCGGGUCCACCAAAGGGUUCAGUACCACAGACAUGGUGUCCCCCUCCCUCCGAAGACUCCAAAGGAAGAAUUAGGAGGAUCACAUCACGAAGCGGAUGGCUUCGACCUAAAGAAGUUCUUCGGCCACUUCAAGGAAGAGUUCAAAGAUCAACUGAACGGACGCACGAAGAACAAAUAUUGA